AUGGUUUCUAAACUGAGCCAGCUGCAGACGGAGCUCCUGGCGGCCCUGCUCCACUCGGGCCUGAGCAAAGAGGCACUGAUCCAGGCGUUGGGUGAGCCGGGGCCCUACCUGCUGGCUGGAGAUGGCCCCCUGGACAAGGGGGAGUCCUGCGGCGGCGGUCGGGGGGAGCUGGCCGAGCUGCCCAACGGGCUGGGGGAGGCGAGGGGCUCCGAGGACGAGACGGACGACGAUGGGGAAGACUUCACACCGCCCAUCCUCAAGGAGCUGGAGAACCUCAGCCCCGAGGAGGCGGCCCACCAGAAAGCCGUGGUGGAGACCUUGCUGCAGGAGGACCCGUGGCGCGUGGCCAAGAUGGUCAAAUCCUACCUGCAGCAGCAUAACAUCCCACAGCGGGAGGUAGUCGACACCACUGGCCUCAACCAGUCACACUUGUCCCAGCAUCUCAACAAGGGCACCCCCAUGAAGACACAGAAGCGAGCUGCCCUGUACACCUGGUACGUCCGCAAGCAGCGAGAGGUGGCCCAGCAGUUCACCCACGCAGGGCAAGGUGGGCUGAUUGAAGAGCCCACAGGUGAUGAGCUGCCAACCAAGAAGGGGCGGAGGAAUCGUUUCAAGUGGGGCCCAGCCUCCCAGCAGAUCCUGUUCCAGGCCUAUGAGAGGCAGAAGAACCCCAGCAAGGAGGAGCGAGAGGCAUUGGUGGAGGAGUGCAAUAGGGCGGAAUGCAUCCAGAGGGGGGUGUCACCAUCGCAGGCACAGGGGCUGGGCUCCAACCUUGUCACAGAGGUGCGUGUCUACAACUGGUUUGCCAAUCGCCGCAAGGAAGAAGCCUUUCGUCAUAAGCUGGCCAUGGACACAUACAGCGGGCCACCACCUGGGCCAGGCCCGGGCCCCACACUGCCUGCCCACAGCUCUCCGGGCUUGCCCCCACCUGCCCUCUCCCCUAGUAAGGUCCACGGUGUGCGCUAUGGACAGCAAGCAACUAGCGAGGGGGCGGAAGUGCCUUCGAGCAGCGGUGGUCCCUUGGUGACGGUGUCUGCGCCCCUGCACCAAGUGUCCCCCACAGGCCUGGAGCCCAGUCACAGUCUGCUGAGCACCGAAGCCAAGCUGGUCUCAGCAACUGGGGGCCCCUUGCCCCCUGUCAGCACCCUGACAGCACUGCACAGCUUGGAGCAGACCUCCCCAGGCCUCAACCAACAGCCCCAGAAUCUCAUCAUGGCCUCACUUCCCGGGGUCAUGGCCAUUGGGCCUGGUGAGCCUGCCUCCCUGGGCCCCACGUUCACCAACACGGGUGCCUCCACCCUGGUCAUUGGCCUGGCCUCCACUCAGGCCCAGAGCGUGCCAGUCAUCAACAGCAUGGGCAGCAGCCUGACCACCCUGCAGCCAGUCCAGUUCUCCCAGCCACUGCACCCUUCCUACCAGCAGCCACUCAUGUCUCCCAUGCAGAGCCAUGUGGCCCAGAGCCCCUUCAUGGCCACCAUGGCCCAGAUUCAGAGCCCCCAUGCCCUCUACAGCCACAAGCCCGAGGUGGCCCAGUACACCCACACGGGCCUGCUUCCGCAGACCAUGCUCAUCACCGACACUACCAACCUGAGCGCCCUGGCCAGCCUCACGCCCACCAAGCAGGUCUUCACCUCAGAUGCUGAGGCCUCCAGUGAGUCCGGGCUUCAUACGCCGGCGUCUCAGACCACCACCAUCCACAUCCCCAGCCAGGAUCCUGUUGGCAUCCAGCACCUGCAGCCUGCCCACCGGCUCAGCGCCAGCCCCACCGUGUCCUCCAGCAGCCUGGUGUUGUACCAGAGCUCCGACUCCAACAACGGCCACAGCCACCUGUUGCCAUCCAACCACAGCGUCAUCGAGACCUUCAUUUCCACGCAGAUGGCUUCAUCCUCCCAGUAACCAUGGCAACGCCUCCCAGGGGCUGGGCCCUGCCUGGAGCCUGCCUGGCCUACUUGGGGGGUGACUGGGACAUCUGAGCCUGUGACACUUUCACUGCCACCGGAGUGCAGCCUGAAAACUGUGCCUUGGUUCCCAGCCUGCUCUGUCAGCGUCAGAAAGAGUUCCAAGGCUCCCCGACCUCAGGAGGGCUGCUUCAGUGCCCAAGAGGGGACUGUGGAGAGCUGGGAAGCAGAGCAAGACACAGGAGGGACUGUUCCUGGUGCUCAGGGUCAAUCUUGUCAUUUGGAACACAAGGGCCGGCCUUUGGAUUUGGGGACCCUGGUGCCCCUGGUGCCCCCAGCCCAUGCCUGUGGAGAGCCCCAGAACCCCCAAGGGCACUCUGGCAGUUGCACUUCUCAAGACAUGAGGCUGUGGAGCUGUGACUCACUGAGCUCCAAGAGGCCCAGGAUCAACACAGCCCCAUCCUGUCACCUGUGUCCUGAUCAGGUCCCUCCACCCUGCUCCCCUUCUAGCUAUAGUCCCACAUGCCUGUUUGUACCUACCCUGCCCCUAAUCGCAUGAGCAUUCCCCAAGUGGUUCCUCUGUGCUGGGGCCUGGGGCUUGGAUGCAACCCCCUGGGAGAGCUCCAGCUAGCAGCAAAAAGCAUGCAGGGCUCUCCAGCUUUUCUCGUGCUGAGCCAUCCCUCUCUGCAGCCUCUUGGCCGUCCGUUCUCCUGGGUAUCACACCUUCUAAUGCCAGUCUGGCAUCUUGCCUCUGCGGGAAAGACCCCCUCUGGGCUAGGAAAUCAUCUCUGCCCCAUGGGAGCCUUGUGACUGCGCCUGGUGCUGUCAGGAUUCUGAGCAACAGCUCCUCUGGCCUGUGGGGCCCUGCAGCCCCUCCCUGGUUUGGGGAAGAAGCUGCUGAGCUUGGAAGGCACCAAGGCCUGAGCAGGUGGCAGAUCCGAGGGGCCCAGAGAAGGGAAAGGAACCAGUGGAGAGAAGCCACUUGCAUGGACAGGAUUGUCACCGGGCUGGCUGAGGGAUGGGGAGAGGUCCAGCUACACCCAGGCCCCUGAGGUCCCGAGUGCCACCAAGAGAGACAAGCCAGCUGUGUAAACCUGGAGCUCCGUGGCCUCCACUUCCUGGGGCUGCUGCAGAUAACCUGGCUUGCAGACUGCUCCCAUCCUGGGACUGAGGAAGGGGCCAGGGAAGAACCAGCGCCCCCUGCAGCUUGCAGCCAGCUAAGGGCAAACCUGUACAUUUAUUUAACUUUUAGUAAAGGAAAGGAGGAACGGAAGAGUGGAAA